AAAAGAGUGGACAAAUUACCUUUAACAGUGCAGGGGGCAUCAACGUUCAGAAAGCACUGUAUCUUGUUAGUGAGACCUGGUCUUGUUGGAUGUUUCUGUCUUUGGUCAGAGGACAGCUAGGAUGAUUGAGAUUGAAGAGGUACCUAAAGAUGGAUAUUAGUGCGGCUGAGAGUUUUCCAACUUCAUAAGUAAAGCCAGACAAAGAAAGGGGAGAAUAGGAGUCGUGGGAGAUGAAGAGAGAGAAGCAUUUCCUGUUGGUUCACGGAGCCUGUCAUGGAGCCUGGUGUUGGUUUAAGAUUUCAUCUCUACUGAAGUCAAUGGGUCACAAGGUCACUGCUCUUGACAUGGCUGCAUCUGGUAUCCACCCAAAGCAGGUACUUGAAGUCCACUCGUUCUCUGACUGUGUUGAGCCAUUGAUUGAAUUCAUGGCGUCCCUCCCACCAGAGGAGAGGGUUAUCUUGGUUGGCCACAGCAUGGGUGGAGCAUGGAUGUCUGCUGCCAUGGAGAGGUUCCCAGAGAGAAUAUCUGUUUCGGUUUAUGCUGCUGCACUCAUGCCUGGUCCUGACUUCAGUUUCUUAACUCUAACUAGAGAGUUUCUUGGAAGAGUGGACUCUUUUAUGGAUAGCCAAUAUACAUUUGAUAACGGGCCCAAAAACCCUCCAACAACCAUACUCUUUGGGCCCAAUUUCUUGGCAUCCAAAUUUUAUCAGCUCUCGCCACCAGAGGAUUUGGUGCUUGCGCUGUCACUGGUAAGACCUUUACGUUUCUUGACCCCUGAAGAAAUAUCAUCAUCAAAAGAAGCACAACUCACCAAAGAGAAACAUGGUUUGGUUCCUAGAGUGUACAUCUUGUGUGAACAAGACAAUAUCAACACGCCGGAUUUUCAGAGGUGGAUGAUCGAGAACAAUCCGCCGGACCAAGUGAAGGUGAUUAGUGGCUCCGAUCAUAUGGCUAUGUUCUCUAAACCAAUUGAACUCUGCUCCUACCUCCAGGAGAUCGCAGAACAAUACUCUUAAAAAUGUGCACCCGUUAAAAACUCUCAUGAAGAGAGUUUGUGUUUGUGGUCAUUAGAAAUAAUUGUUGCUAAACAACAGCACUUCGGAGAAUUUAUGUAAUGAAAAUAAUUCAGAUUAUCUACAUUGGUUUGAAUUCCAAUA